AGCAUAUCUACAUCUACCUACAUGAAUGCCUCAUAGGUUAGGUACAUUUUGUACCUAGGCUAGUAACUUCCGUCAUUCGAUCUUCCUACGUAUUCCCCAAAUCUCUUCACACUUUUAUUCUACCUAAAGCACCGUGACGAUUAAUUACUUUCAUCGCCAUGGCGGAUGCCGAUGUUGCAACUAGAUCUCCCGAGAGCGAUGCUCAGGAAACUAUGAUUCCGGGCGACACUCCUGCACAGACAGGUCCUACGAUGGGCGAGCAUUGCACUUCCGACAGACCUACCCCUGCCGGUCUAGCUCCAAAGGGAGAAUUGAGGAAACUUGGUGGAGUGGAUAUCUACCUUGCAAAGCCGGAAGCAUACCCGACGAAUCCAUCGAAGCUUCUUCUCCUUCUUUCGAGCGGCACAGGGCUAAAGUCGACGAACAAUCAGAUUCAAGCGGACAAGUUUGCCGAUGAAGGUUUUGUCGUCGUGAUGCCUGAUCUUUUUGAAGGCAACCCUGCGCCAAACUCUUCUAUUUCCGAAGCGGAAGCGCAAGAGACCUCAUUCCUUGACCGGCUCAAACUCAAAGCCGUCGAGAUCGCAAAGUCGUUCGUAAUCGACGAGUGGUUAGCACGCCAUACCGAAGAAAAGGUCAUGCCUAUACUCGAGAAAGUUAUCGACGCAUGUAAAGGCGAGUUUGCGGAUGCGAUCGGUAAUGGAGGCGGAAUAUACGCUGUAGGUUAUUGUUUCGGUGGGCGAUAUGUGCUCUUACUAGCUAGCGAGCGUGGCCACGCGCAGACUGGUUGGACUGGUGCACAGAAACCUGCCGACGAGGAAGCGGGUGAAGGGACAAGCCCACCAAAGAAGGGCCCGUAUAUCAAAGCAGGUGCGCUAGCGCAUGCAACUCUAGUAUCAUCAGAAGAUUUUCAGGGAUUGAAGGUCCCUGUGAGCUUGGCCUGUGUGGAAAGCGAUCCUCUAUUUCCCGACGAAGUCCGUGAAACCGGGGAAAACAUAAUGUCCACGGAGAAUGUGGAGCAUGAAGUCCAGGUCUAUCCCGGUGUUCCUCAUGGCUUCGCCGUCAUUGGAGACUACGAUGACGCUCACAUCAAGGAUGCACAAAUAACGGCUUUCGAGCAGAUAUUAAGAUGGCUUAAGGAACACUAGAAAGAAAGUAACUAAGGGCAAUUAACUUUGUGGCGUUCUUCGGUUAUCUUCUAGUUAGGAGGGCACAGCACCAGGAGAGCAUUGCGAUUAGGUUUUCAAGUCCAGUAGUUACGCAGAUUCCAGUCAUAAAUAAAUCUUUCAGAUCU